AUGGAGCUUUCCCGGCAAGAGUAUCCGGCGCUUUUGGCCACCCUACACCCAAGCCAAGCUACCGCUGUCCUUAACGAUCGCAUUCGCCUAAUCAACAAGACCCAUGCGGAUAUUGCAGACUUCCUCCAGGAGCGCCGCCGCUUGGAGGAAACAUAUGCCGCAAGCUUGCGGAAGCUGGCGGGUCGCCAGGUAUUGGAUAAUGGUGCUGCGCUUGGUAUCUUUCAAAUUCCUUGGCAGCGCAUUCUAAACGCCACGGAGACACUCGCUACAUCACACGAAACCCUCGGAGCGAAGAUCGAAGAAGAUGUCGAGCGGCCCCUUAGGGAAUACCACAGCAAGAGUCGCGAAAUGCAGUCACUACCUGGCAUCCAGAGUGAUCUUUCGGGUCUGGCCAAAAGUGUCGAAACAGCCCAGAAGAAGGUAGAGAGGGCUAAGGAGAAGAGCGCCAAAAGUCCCAAACUGUUGGCUAGUGCAGUCGCAUCAGCGGAAGAGGUCAACGAGCAGUGGAAUUCGCGUGCGCCCUUUGUUUUUGAGCAGCUUCAGGCCGCUGAUGAAAGUCGGCUUAAUCACUUGCGCGAUGUUCUUACGCAAUUGGAGACACAUGAAAUUGAUCAUGUCGAGCGCAGUCGGCAAGCCGCUGAAAGUUGUUUGAACGUUCUUCUUAAUGUCCAAACGGCCGAUGAAAUCAAGACCUUUGCCGCAAAAAUGGCGGGCAGUCGUAUUCCACGGUCGCAACCCACAUCACGUAGACAACUGUCUCAGUCGGAGGUGUCUACUUCGUCAUUUACUUCGCCAGACCCUGCAAUGCAGCAAGCUUCGGAUAGAACGCCCCCAGUCUUAGCACCACCGCUUGGUUCACCACUUUCUCCUCCACCGAGAAUUCAAGAUGAUGACGCUAGUCAGCGAUCUGUUGGCUCGGAUAGAUUUGCAGCAAUGGACUUACCUCCAGCGCCAGAGGCCCAGCCACGUCAUACCCCGUUGGGAGGACUACGACGCCUGGGAACCGUCAUGAACAGGCGAAGGAGCAUGAUGACACCUUCUACUGGCAAUUUCGAAAGGAAGUCGGAAAAGAAACGUAGCCCAUUCUCUGCCUUCAAGAGGAACGAUAGAGAAAUGCAGAUUCCAGAAUUUCCUCCACAAACAGCCUCAGACCGGGACCGGGAGCGACCAAGCACAGCAUUUACAGAGGAUGGAUCCAUGCGCAGUGCGAGUGUUGCAAACAAUCACCAUGUCCCCGAGACGGCUGCUCACAAUGAAGUCUCUCAACCUAUCAACGCCCUGAAUGGUAAUACACCAGAUAGUCAACCCGGAUUUGCUGGCGGAUUUGCCAGUAAUGGUGUCAGUUCGGCACCAAUCGAUUCAGAAGGAUAUACUGAGCGUCCUUCGACAGUCGAUGAGAUAACACGAGCUCAGAGGGAAGCAUCCGGAUUUGACGAGUCCAGUAUGAACCUGACUAUUCGUGAUCAGCCAAUCUUUGAGGAUGAGAGCCAGGCUAAGCAGGCCAUGGAUGACAUGGCCAAUACUCUUCGACUGCGGGCCCAAAAUACCGGAGGAAUGAGACGCAACGCAGGCACCAUUCGUGGCCGCCGAGAUGUUCGGAACACGAUGUUUAUGCUGAAUCCAACCCCUGAUAUGACAGCAACUCAAGCCGCAAACGAGUCUUCUGGACCAACUUCACCAGUCAGACAUACUUCAUCUCCCAGCAUUUCCACCAACGAUGACCGUGCCAUGUCAGACACAACCUCUAUUCGCUCAGGGCAUACUGCUCAUGGUCACGUGUCUCUGCACCCUGAACUUCAUCAACCGGGUCUGAAUGCAUCAAUUGUUGAAACAGUUAACGCAUGGUUCUCGGGAGGUAAUGUGACGAAGGCCUCCGUGAUUGGAGAGCUUGCGCUCGCCAACAAUCCUGCCCCUGGUGCUCCCACAGACACUUUGCGAGUCCAUCUUGAUAACUUCGCGGUGCUGGAAAAAGUGGCCGCCAACCCAGGUUUUGUCCAAGAAGUCGUAUCAGAGGACAAGAGAGGUGAGUAUGACGUCCAGCUAGGUAAUAUCUCCCGAACUGUGCCAACUGUUGCGUUCAAAUAUCAAAUGCACUUGACUCCUGGCAAUUCAUCCGCCUACUGUCCCGUUAUUUUCAAGCCGGUCUGGAAUUUACAGGAACAACAGGCCAGUGCAAUCAUUUUCUAUCACCUCAACCCAGCUUUCGCUACAAACGUUGAUUCAAUCAUCAUCAAGAAUCUGGUAUUGACUGUUGGCCUGGAUGUUGCCACGGAAGACGAAGUUACUAAGCAACCCCGUGAUUCUGUCGCCCAUGCCACCAGCGCUGUCAUGUACCCGAACGCUGGGGCUACAUUCCGCCGUAAGAACUCAUCUGUUAUCUGGAGAAUCCCUGAGCUAGAAUUCAAGGCUCUUGGCUCUGGAGAUAAUAGCAAGUUCCUCGUACGCUUCACAACCAAUACCGGUACCCUAUACAAGGGAAAUGUUGAGGCCAAGUUCGAGGUCCACUCUACUGGAACCAAUCCUCGUCUGGGGAUCAGUCGCCCUGUUUCGUCGGGUCAGAAAGAAAUCGACCCAUUUGCCGACGAGGAAGCUCAGCGUGAGGCCAUGAAGGCAGGCCCCACGGCUUGGCAGGAGCUUCCAACCGCCCGCAAGCUGGUCAGCGGGAAAUACGUUUCGUCGUGA